AUGAUUCUAAAUUCAAUAUAUUCACCAAAUGUUUCAAACAUCAAAAUAAUUUGCAUCGUAUGCACUCUGUGUUAUUCCGAUUUGAAAAGAUUAACAAAUGGCUAUGACAACUGUGGAAAUGUUUGUGGAGAACAGAAUUCUAUAAUCGAUGGUAUCAAUUGUACAGGCAAAGAUUAUCGUGAAGAGAAAUUUUUAUUAUAUGUAGAAGAGUCAGCUUUAACCCGUUUGGAUGAACUGGAUACUGAAUCCAACGAAUGUGUUGAUAAAUGUGAUCGCAAAGAGUAUUUUAUAGUAAUGAAUAGAUGUUUUAAAAAGCCGAACCAGACGGACACCAAUAAAGUUAUGGCAGAAAUGACUUUGAUAAUAGAUGCGCAAAUAAUUAAAGACUUGAAAGAUUCUUCUGGGUACAUCGUAGGAAUGGUUUUUAUUGCCCUUGGAUUAUGCUUCAUUACCCUCCUUCUCUUCAAAUAUCUCCUUGGAUUUUUCGUGAAAGCAGUUAUGGUAUUUACAGUGGUAGUUUUAAUUGCAUAUGUUUCCGCAAUUUGGAGUUCUAGUCGAGAGUAUGACAUCAGUGUUAAAAUUUUUUCUCUUAUAUUAUCCUUAGUGCUGAUUAUUGGCAUUAUAAUGUGUUGGAAAAAAUUAAAUUUCGUUAUAAGAAUUUUCAAAGAAACAACCCAGGCUAUAUUUACAAUGCCAUUAUUGAUGAUGGUUCCAAUUGGGACUUUUCUCAUCGAAGUUGUAAUCACCCAAAUCUGUAUUGUUCUCAUGAUGAUGUUCUGGACUUCUGGAAUAUUAACACAUAUUUUCGGACCAUAUUAUACUUAUGCUACGACAGGAUUUAUAGGAUUCACAAUUAUUUACACGAUUUUUAUGCUUUUGUUAACUUGUGAUUUUUUGAAUGGAUGUCAACAAAUUAUCGUUGCUGGUGCAGUUUCAAGACGGUAUUUCACAAGAGACAAGGACCAUAUUCUUGGUUCCCCAAUCAAAGAUAGUUUCCGGAUUCUUGUUAAAUAUCAUUUGGGCUCAGUAGCAUUUGGGUCCCUUGUUAUAUCUAUAAUGAAUUUCAUCAGGGUGAUCAUCAAGUUAAUGAUGAAGAAAAGAGAAUUUGUCCUCUUUCGACCUUUGAUCACUUGUUGUGUUGAUUUUAUGGAAGAAUUCGUACAUUAUAUUUCUAACCAGGCAUAUAUUAUUAUCGCUAUGCACGGAGAGCCGUUCAUACCAUCUGGAAAAAGAGCAACAAAGCUACUGAUAGAAAAUGCAUUGAAUACGUUGGCUGUAAAUUCAUUUGGAGAUUUCGUAUUGUUCCUAGUGAAAGUGAUGAUUACUUUUAUGACUGUCUUAUGUGGAUUCAUUCUAGAUGAUGGCGACAUUGUGUUUUUCAAAGUAACAAUUUUCAUCGGAGGAGUUUUGGCGUUUUUAUUGACUAACUGCAUGUUCAGGACAUUCGAGACGUGUGUGGACACCAUAUUCCUCUGUUAUUGCGAAGAUACCUUCAUCCAUGAUGGUAUUGAAAUACCAUACUAUGCUCCACCGGAGAUGCAAGCUUUAGUUGAUGAAGCAAAAGGAAUUGUGGAAGAAGAGAAGAUGUACAACUCUAUCAAAACACAAGAGUUGCCCCAAAGUUUUGUUUAACGGGGGUUCACCUAUGGGUUAUAAUACCGAGUAUUGCAAUUUCGAAAUACAGGAAGUUUCAUUGCUACCUUCAUAGAAUCAGCACCCAAUAUUACUUGGGUAAAACGUAAUAAUUUUCAAAAUCCUCAAAACCCAAAACAAUGAUUCAAUAUUAACUUUUCCUCAAUAUCAAAUCAAAAGAAUCAGCUAUAUAAAGGUAACAAUUAUGAUGAAACUUCCUGUAGAUAGCAAAAUACUAAAAGAUCAAAUGAUCUAGAUCUUAAGAAUAUAUUAUAUGAUGUGAAAUAAUAUCUAAAACUAUCAAUUUUUAUCAUUUGUGGGAAUGUUAUAAAGGCAAAUAUUCUAUAUCGUUUUUCAUAUUGCUCAGAUUGUAACGAAUGAAAAUAAUGAGGAAAAAUCCGAUCCAGCUGACUCAUAAACUUUAUUUCAGCUAAAUGAAAUAUCAGAAGAAAUUUUUUUUUUUGAGUCUGCAACUGAACGAAUAAAUUUAUGAAAUAAUUGUUGUCAAAGAGAAAAUAUGAAAAACGAAACUAUUCACCUAAAAUUGCAAUUAUAUAAAAUAUAGUUGAAGUACAAAGAAUAUGUGAAAACAGAAAGAAAUAUAAGAAAUAUCUAUGACGAAAUAUUAUGGUUAGAUAUAAGAAUUUCUUUGAAACUUUGUAAUAUUGAAUGGUUUCAAGCAGCCUAGAGAACUAGAGUACUGAUAUAAUGAUUUAAUUUAUUUGCAAUAUAUAUCUCAUUAUUAAAGGUACAUGAAACUAUUCAAUUUUAGUCAUGAUUCCUGUAUUGUAGUUUACAUAAGUAAUUUCAGAAACACAUCUAUCAAUGACAAUAAUUAGAUAGAAAAGAAGUAUCCAAAUAAUGAAUAAAUUUUGAU